GUAUCCCGGUGGUUGCCUAGUAACGCGCUGGCAGUGGGCGCCGUAGAGAGAUCUCUAUGGUGGGCGCUCCAUUAAAACCGUUGGCGCUCCUGACCUUGGCGUCGUGAAUGCGCAAAGCACACAGACUGUGCAAAGCAGGAGAUAAGAGUAAAGAUCUUUGUGUUUGAUACUGAAACCCGGCGAGCAGUUCACACACACACACAGCACCAUUGUCUUGUGGCGAAACUGACGGGCAUGGUAUGGAGGAAAUCUCGACAUGGAGCGCGCAUCAGCUUCUGUAAAAGCAGAUUUGUGUGCACUGCAAUGAAAAGAGGAAGUGGGGGCGGUCCAUACCUGGCUGAGGUGUAUUUGGAUUUGAUAACCGUCGGAGCCAAAGGCGCAGUGAGUGAUGUCUGUUUGACAGGGUUGGUGCAGAGGGACUGAACGGACACUACAUUGUGCAUUUGUGCUUUGCAAGGGCACUGUCUGGCCCAGACCAUGUGGCUGGCUACAUUUAGAGACCAUCUGUUGCCUGCACACCUGCUACAUCAGCAAGGGACUGUAACCAUCACCCACUGUGCUCUUCUUUGGUGGAUACUAUGUUCCUGCUGGUCACUCACAAAGGCAACGAGCCAGAAAUUCUACCCGACAGUGACCACCCAGUUUGGGAAACUGCGAGGCCUCAGGGUUCCCGUGCCCAGCGAGGUGCUCAGGCCCGUUGAUCAGUAUCUGGGGGUCCCCUAUGCUGCUCCACCUGUGGGCGAGAAGCGUUUCAUGCCCCCCGAGCAGCCCUCCUCUUGGUCAGGUAUCAAGAAUGCUACCCACUUCAUGCCUGUGUGCCCUCAGAACAUCCACAACACCGUGCCAGAGAUCAUGAUGCCCAUAUGGUUCACCUAUAACCUGGACACAGUAGCCACAUACAUUCAGGAUCAGAGCGAGGACUGUUUAUAUCUAAACAUUUACGCUCCGACAGAAGAUGGGAGCCAACACAAGAAAAAGGGGGCGGCUUUCUCACAUGCUGAGACUCAUAUAUCUGAAGAUAUAAGAGACUCUGAAGCUCGCCCUGUGAUGGUCUACAUCCACGGAGGCUCCUAUAUGGAGGGCACAGGGAACAUGAUGGACGGCAGCGUGCUGGCCAGUUACGGGAAUGUGGUUGUUGUCACGCUCAACUACAGAAUUGGAAUAUUAGGCUUCCUCAGCACUGGUGACCAGGCAGCAAAAGGAAACUAUGGGCUUCUGGAUCAGAUUCAAGCUCUCCGCUGGAUAAGUAAGAACAUCGGUUACUUUGGAGGAGACCCGGGUCGCAUCACAGUCUUUGGAUCUGGAAUUGGUGCAUCUUGUGUGAGCCUGCUAACUUUGUCCCACCACUCAGAAGGUUUGUUCCACAGAGCCAUCAUCCAAAGCGGUUCAGCACUAUCCAGCUGGGCUGUUAACUACCAACCAGUCAAGUACACUCGCAUGCUGGCUGAGAGGGUUGGCUGCAACGUGCUGGACACCGUGGACAUGGUCUCCUGCCUGCAGAAAAAGAGCGCAAAGGAGCUGGUGGAGCAAGACAUCCAGCCUGCUCGAUAUCGCGUGGCUUUCGGUCCUGUCAUUGACGGAGACGUCAUCCCAGACGACCCGGAGAUCCUGAUGGAGCAAGGCGAGUUCCUUAACUACGAUAUAAUGCUGGGUGUCAAUCAGGGUGAGGGACUGCGCUUCGUGGAGAACGUGAUGGACCUGGAGGACGGCGUGUCUGGUAGUGACUUUGACUUUGCUGUGUCAGACUUUGUGGACAGUUUGUAUGGCUACCCAGAAGGGAAGGACACUCUGAGGGAAACAAUUAAAUUCAUGUACACAGAUUGGGCUGACAAGGACAACCCGGAGACCAGGAGGAAGACCCUGGUGGCUCUCUUCACUGACCACCAAUGGGUGGAACCCUCAGUGGUCACGGCUGACCUACACGCCCGCUACGGCUCGCCUACAUACUUCUACGCCUUCUACCAUCACUGCCAGAGCCUCAUGAAGCCAGUGUGGUCAGAUUCAGCGCACGGAGAUGAGGUGCCUUACGUGUUUGGCAUCCCCAUGGUGGGCCCAACUGACCUGUUCCCCUGUAACUUCUCCAGGAACGACAUCAUGCUCAGCGCUGUGGUUAUGACUUAUUGGACCAACUUCGCCAAGAGUGGGGAUCCUAACAAGCCAGUGCCACAAGACACCAAGUUCAUCCACACUAAGGCCAACCGCUUUGAGGAGGUGGCCUGGUCCAAGUACGACCCCUACGACCAGCUGUACCUGCACAUUGGCCUGAAGCCUCGUAUCCGUGAUCACUACCGCGCCACCAAGGUGGCCUUCUGGAAACACCUGGUGCCCCAUCUCUACAACCUCCACGACAUGUUCCAUUACUCCUCCACCACCACCAAGGUCACCCCGCUGGAUCCCACCCAGUCCAACGGUAAGAGGUCCGGCAGCACUGGCCGUCCUCCUGUAUCCACUGCCCACAAUGACGGCGAAGGGGGGAGGGAGAUGGGUCCUCUGAUCAUGCCAAACCCGAGAGAUUACUCGACUGAGCUCAGCGUCACCAUUGCUGUAGGGGCGUCACUGCUCUUCCUCAACGUCCUGGCCUUUGCCGCUCUGUACUACCGCAAGGACAAGCGCAGUCGGCAGGACACGUCCCAGCAGCCCAGUCCCCAGUGUGACAGCAAGGGCAACAACAUGAGCCACACUACCACCGUAGAUGAGACCCUCUCGUCCCAGCAGAGAAACCAGUGUGAAGCCCUUCACAAUCCUCUUCACGUCUCGCCCAGCAUGGACUACUCACUCAGCCAGCGCCGCUCCCCUGACGACAUCCCUCUGAUGACGCCAAACAACAUCACCAUGAUUCCCAACUCUCUGAUGGGCCUCUCCAACAUGAGUCCAUACAGCACCUUCCCUGCUGGUUACAGCUCUGCAGGCCUGCCCAGCACCCACUCUACCACACGGGUAUAGCCUGGCAGGAGGCGAGAGGAGCUGGAGAAGGGAACUGUGACGUACAUAAAACAUGGAAAUGUAAAACUGUAUUUAGGAUGUGUAGGUAAACUAGGAUUGAAUAUGUUUGUUCUGUCUUUUCCAAAAGGUGUACAACCGCCAACAUCCUGCCUUUGCUCUCUCAUAAUAGGAAGUCUAACUGCAGAGUCAUUUUAUAAUAAUCAUUUUCAAAGGCAAAAAGAAAAAAGUGCAUUUCAUUUUCCACUUUGGCUUUUUUGGAACCUUUACCUAGCAAGAACUUAGUAUAAUGUUUAUACAGUUGGAUUUGUAUGGGAAGCUUUUUCUUACUCUGUGAUAUCCAUUUUGAUCUCGUGGAACAAAGUGACAUUCAACUUGUGGUGGACGGAGAUGAGAUCUGGGAAAAGCUGAAAAGCAGUAUUAUUAUUAUUAUUAUUAUUAUCAAGCUAUUUUAUACAUAUUUCUCAU